CGCUGCAAUUCAAUUGUGCUAUAGCCAGCCAUGGCGGCAGAUCUACGCCCGGAGUGGAUCUCUUGUCUCCCUUCUUCAUGGAGUUAUGGGGUCACUCGGGAUGGACGAGUCUUCUUCAUCAACGAAGAAGCAAAGAGUACAACCUGGUUGCAUCCAGUCAGUGGAGAGGCAGUGAUAACUGGCCAUAGGAAAACUACAGAUUUACCAACUGGAUGGGAGGAGGGAUUUUCGUUCGAGGGGGCUCGGUGCUUCAUAAACCACAAUGAGCGGAAGGUGACCUGCAAGCAUCCUGUCUCGGGCUGUCCCUCACAAGACAACUGCAUCUUUGUCGUCAACGAACAGUCCGCCCCCAAAGCUCCAGCGAAUGAAAAGAAGGAGCGUCCUCUGAGCACCAUGAGUAGUGAGGCCUCCAACUACACAGGCAGCUCGGACUACGCUACAUACCCUAGUAGCCCCGCAGCCAGACCCUCAAGAUCCUCCAAAAAAAUUCACAACUUUGGGAAGAGAUCCAACUCGAUACGGAGAAACCCCAAUGCAGUGGUCAUUAAGAGCAACUGGCUUUACAAACAGGACAGCACGGGGAUGAAGCUCUGGAAGAAGAGGUGGUUCGUGCUGUCAGAUAUGUGCCUCUACUACUACAGAGAUGAGAAAGAGGAGGGGUAUCCUCGGCAGCAUCCUCCUUUACAAAUGACUUUGUGGAUAGCAAAGGAAUGCCUGUCUUUUGUUUGUCAGGCUCUGGUAAACAGGAUAUUGGGAAAAGGAUUACUCAUUCAAUAUGUUCUUGUCUGUCUCGCUGUGUUUCUCUCUCUGCUGUCUUCUACGCACACACUAACAAUGCCUUGGUUUGUCUAUUGUGAGCGGAUCUUGAGUGAGGAGAAUCGGCUGCCUGUUUACCAGUCCAAGUGUUGCAUGGCGACACAUCCCAACAUGCGGACGUACUACUUUUGCACAGAUGCAGCCAAAGACAUGGAGUCAUGGAUGAAGGUGAUGACAGACGCUGCCCUGGUGCACUCCGAGCCUGUCAAGAGCAGGUCACUCAAAGUGGAACAGUGCGGUCCUCAGGAUGUCAGUAACCACGUUACCCAGAACCACAGACUGGUUCUAACCCGACCAGAGAUCCAGAACAACGAGAGGAACCGGGCCGAGGCCGACUGCGAACGGGAACAUCACACCGUCGCCGCCAUAACCACGGUAACUGCAGUCACCGCCAAGGAGGAGGAGGACAGGAAGCAUUAUGACGCUGAGCGCUACGGGUUCCAGAUGGAAGGGGCAGAGAGGGACCGGCCACUCACUAAGAUCACCAGCAUCAAACUAGAACCAGACCAGGCUUCUGCUUUACCUUCUGACAUCACACCAGACGGGCCCUACAGAGCCUCACAGGUGAACGGUGCUGGGGACCAGAGCCCAGGGGAGACGAUGACCAAUCCCCAGUCCCACCGGACCCCCUCUAUCCAGGGCAGCAUGACCCCCACCACCCCUACCCCCCAGUACCCCCACGGGGAGCCUGAACCCAGGACCCUGACCAGGACCAACUCCAUGCAGCAGCUGGAACAGUGGGUCCGCACACAGAGAGUACGCAACCAGGAUGAUGACACACACAGUGUCAUGUCGUACCAGACCCUGCCUAGGAACAUGCCCAGCCACCGAGCCCCUCCAGCCAUGCCACACUACGGGGACACUGGCUACCGUACUUUACCCAGGAACAGCAUGGCCCGGCCGGACAGUAUCUGCAGCAUGUCCCCCUCCAUGUAUGACCAGGCCCUGGGGCUGGGCCUGGGGCUCUCCUCUGCAGACAAGAGACGCUCCAUGAGGGAUGACACCAUGUGGCAGUUGUAUGAGUGGCAGCAUAGACAGGCCUUUACACCCACACGGCCUAUGUCGUCUACGCCCAGACCCUAUGGGACCCUGCCCAGCCCCAAGACCAUGAUCAACCUGUCUGAGCACCAGGGCCACAUUCACCACUCCAUCCCCCCCUCACCUUCCCAUGGGUCCCUGUCCAUGUACGGGGGCUACUCGCCCCUCCACUUCCCCUACAACCACAGCUCCAGUAGGUCUGAGGUGGCCAUGCCUGUAUACCGGGGGGAUGUCACUAUAGACAGAAGACACAGGACACCACAUCUCAACCAGUAUGCCUACCCGCCUGACAGGAGGUCGAUGCCAGCAGGGAUCCCUGUCCAGACCAUCACUGCCCAGUCUCUGCAAGGAAAAACGCCUGAGGAGCUGACCCUGCUGCUGAUAAAGCUGCGUCGGAAGCAGGCCGACCUAAACAGCGUCCGGGAGCACACUGUAGCACAGCUUAUGCAGCUUAACCUCCACGGUGGCCACAACCCAAAGAACGACAUUCUGUCUCAUCAUCUCCAAAGAAACCUCAUGUAUCUGGACAACCAGAUGAGCCCAGAGGACUACAGGGAACAUUCCUACGUGUGCAGGCCGGAGGAGGUCGAUAUUGAUGCCAAGCUGAGCAGGUUGUGUGAACAGGACAAGGUUGUGAGGACACACGAAGACAAGGUACAGCAGCUACACAGAGAGAAGCACACCCUGGAGACGGCCCUGCUGUCGGCCAGUCAAGAGAUAGAGAUGGGUGCUGAUAACCCAGCAGCCGUACACAGUGUUAUCCAGCAGAGAGACGUGCUGCAAAGUGGCCUGCUCAGCACCUGUAGAGAACUGUCACGAGUCAACACUGAGUUGGAGCGGUCGUGGAGGGAGUAUGAGAAGAUGGAGGGAGACGUCUCAUUGGCCAAGAACAACCUGCUGGAUCAGCUAGAGGCCCUGGGGAGCCCUCAGACGGAGCCCCCCAGCCAUCAGCAUGUCCACAUCCAGAAGGAGCUGUGGAGGAUCCAGGAUGUAAUGGAGGCCCUCAAUAAGAACAAGGCCCAGAGACACGCAGACACACAGGGAUACUACGGCUCUACACCCAUCUCCAACAAACACAAGAGUGAGGGUCCUGACUACAGGCUGUAUAAGAGUGAACCAGAGUUGACCACCGUUACAGAGGUGGAUGAAACCAACGGAGAGGACAGAUCAGAACAGUCUGACAGAGACCCAGCGAACACCAAAGGAAUGUCGUACCCCAUUGGCAUCGUUCCCCCCAGAACCAAAUCUCCCAACAUGCCAGAGUCUUCCAGCAUCACCUCCUACGUCACCCUGAGGAGGGGAGGGAGGCCAGACCCGCGCAUGGAGCGACCCCAUAGUGCGGUGGAGCAGCUGUGUGGUGGGGCUGUGGAGAAGGAGAGUGGCAGACCCAGGAUGAGUGUAGAGGAGCAGCUGGAGAGGAUCAGGAGACACCAACAGGGGGCGCUAAGAGAGAAGAAGAAAGGGCUUCACAUCCUGGCAGGAAGUAGCUGCAACAGCCAGCAGGACAACGCCACACACAGCCACAGUACCGCGUCAACACCAUCACGCAGCCCCUCGUUCACCAAGGAGAACCCCUUCCGCAGCAUGCAGCAGAAUCGUCGUCAGCGUGGCGAGGUGAUGAGCAGUGACAUCCUGGAGUUGGAGGCGUCACUCAGAGAACAGGAAGUGGUCAGAGAGCAGGAGACGCCGGCCGAGGAGAUAGCACGCCUUAAAGAGGCCACACACACUGACCACUACAACAUGGACAGAGAGCUGUCAGUCCCUGAGAAGGUGUUGAUUCCAGAGCGUUAUGUGGAGUCAGAUCCAGAGGAGGCUCUCAGUCCAGAGCAGGAGGCUGACAAACAGAAGAAAGUGGACCGCAUCAAAGCCCUCAUCGCCAAAAACAGUAUGCAGAAUGUGCUCUCUCCUCCUGGUCCAGAGAAGGAGGAUGAGGAGGAGGCCACAGCUCAGGAUCAGGAGAAAAUGAUCAACAUAUCCUAUGAACUGGCUGCUGAGGCCUCCAAACGCAGCAAGCUGGUGGCAGUGCGCAGCUUGUCGUCCUCCUCACCUCCUCCUGACCCCCAACCCUCCUCAUCUCCACCUCCUAACACACAGCCACCCCCCCAGCUCACUGACGGCUCCCACUUCAUGUGUGUGUAGUAGCAGCAGCACCCUGGCCUCAGUGAAGACCUACACGUGAGAGAUGUGUCAAAGGAGAGUUGAGGCUCCCGCUUAUUAUGAAGAAGACCUCUACCCUAGGACA